AUGCAAAAGGCCGUUAAAUACAUUAGGAAUUCUACACAACGGAUUCAAAGGUUCAAAGAAUGCAUGAAAGAGCUAAAUGUGGAAUCCAAAAAGUUUUUGUGCAAUGAUAGCCCAACUCAAUGGAACUCCACAUAUGAGUUAUUGAAGAUUGCGGUGGAGUGGAAGAAGGUUUUUGGCAUGUUUGAAGUCAAAGAUCCUACAUUUGUUCGAGACGUUUUGACCCCCUCAAAAGAAGAUUUCAACAUUUGUAGAGCUAUGGUUGGAUUUCUUGAGAAAUUUAAGGUGAAAAACGACAUAGUAUCGACGUCAACAAAACCGAUGGCACAUCGGUUUUUUGGAGAAAUAUGUGAUGUAUACAAACACAUUAAGGAAUGGGCGGAUCCACGGUUCAAGUUUGAUUUUCUUCAACAAGCUUUUGAGAAAUUGAUUAAGUUGAAGAAUCCACAAAAAGAUCCUAUGCUCAACUCGGAAGCCAUUUUGAAGGCUAAGGUCUUAAUACGGGGUCUUCAACAAAGAUUUGAGAAUUUUUUUUAUUUCUACAAAUCAAAGUUUGACAAUACCGACUCUUCUCAAAAUCAAACACAUGGUCAUGAAGAUGUAGUUGUGAUUGAUGAUGAGAAUGACUUCAUGGGUGAUUUAAUAGUACAAACUGAUUACCCAUCAGCAUCAAUGGAAACGGAGUUGACACGAUACCUAAACGAGCAGUCAGUUAAAUAUAAUAAAGAUUUUGAUAUUCUACUUUGGUGGAAACAAAAUGCAUCUCGUUACCCUAUUGUAUCCCGUAUGGUGAAAGAUAUUUUGGGAUUGCAAAUCUCUACCGUGGCGUCAGAGGUGGCGUUUAGUACAAGCGGGCGGAUAUUGGAUCCAUAUAGAACAAAUUUAUCUGCAAAUAUAGUAGAGGCUUUGGUUUGCACUCAAGAUUGGGUAAGGAAAUCAAGAAAGCAAAUUGUGGACAACAUUGAUGAAAUUUUGAAAGACGAUGAAGUCGCGAAAGCUUUAGAAGAGGCGAUAAAGAACGGAGAUGAAAAGGGAAAACAACCAAUUAAUAUUCUCGAAUAGUUAUUUCGUGUUUGAAAAAUGUUAUUUUGGAUAUUGGAUAAAAACUUAAGAUUCAUAUUUUAAUUUGGGUGUUG